AUGUCAGGGUACAAUUACGGUCCACCACCACCUCCGCCUCCAGCUUCUUCCGGAGGACCUGCAAGCUACGGUCCUCAAGCACCAUCUUACCCCCAACAUGGCCAGGGCCGGGGAGGGCAUCACGGUAGAGGACGCGGUGGCCAUUAUAGCGGUGGCCGUGGUGACUACCACAGUUCGCCUCCAGGUCGUUAUGAAUACGGUGGUCAGCCAUACCCUCCUCAUCACAAUCCUCCCCCAUAUGGCGGCGCCUCUCACCCUCCUGCUUAUCCUCCUCAACCACAAUGGGGACCGGAGCACGGGCAUCCUCCUCACGGACAUGCGCAGGGCCCUAUGCCUCCCAACACCUAUCAUCCUAACUACGCCGCCCAACCAUACCCGCCUUCCCAAUAUCCACAGCAACCUCCUUAUGGUGGACCACAGGCCUAUCCCUAUCAAGGACCACCUCCUCCCCCGAAUCAAGCCCAAUGGACUGGCGGUGGACAGCCACCAGGAGGCUAUGGUGGAGGGAGAUCGCGCGGAGGUUACAAUGAUCGCAAUGGACCAAAGCCUCCAAUGAAUGGUCAUGGGCGCCCAGGUUAUGAGCAUGAAGCCAUGCCACCAGCCAACGUCUAUGGCCAACCAUAUCCCCAUGAUCCCCGAGCAGUGCAUUACCCUCCCCCGCAGUAUCCAGCAUAUCCUGGCCCUCCUCCGCCUUCUGGCCAUCACCAGGAUGGAUACUAUGGCCAUACCAACCGUCGAGGUCGAGGUGGUUUCCGAGAUGGAAAUACCCGUGGACGUGGAGGCCACCAUGGCAAUGACAAGUCGCGUCAUCAGAAGCAUUCACAUGGGCAAACCGAUUCUAAUCACAACAAGUCCGAAACCCCCACCUUGGGAAAGAAGAAGAAGCGCAAGACAAACACACUGGGCUUGACCCCUGGCAUGGAAUCAGAGUCUGAAGACGACGAAGGGGAAGAGAAAGUUUUGACCGAUUGGCUUGGACAAGAAACACUAAACCCCAAAGAUGUUGCCGCUUUCCUGAUAGAAAGAAAGAAGCAUUUCCCCACAAAGGCCAGAGUAGAAGCUAAAAAGAAUGCCGAGGUGGCAGAAAAUGGCGAAGACAAGGCUUCCUCGCUAGAGAAACAGGCCGACAAACUCAGACGACAGCUGCGCAAAGUUGAAUCAUCGAUUAAGCGAAAACGUGAACAAGGCGAUGAAGGUGAUGAGAUGCGAGACCCAUCUGAGGAGUCUUCAGAUGACGAGCCAGAAGUUAUGUCUACUCGUUCACACGUGGCUCCUCCACCUCCACCACCGGCCAAGAAAGCCGACGUCUCUAAACAUUGCAAAUAUUAUUCCACUGGUGGAACAUGCGGCAAGAAGGGCAAGUGCCGCUUCGUCCACGAUCCUGAGGCUCGCGAAGCAGCUAUGAAGGAUCGUGAGGCCAAUAACGGACGACUCACUAUUCAGCAACGAUUGAUUCUCAACGACAAGGAGCAAGAGGAUCUUACUGUUCUUCAGUCUAUUCAGUAUCUCCGUAAAAAGGGGUUGAUGCAACCUGAGGAUCCCGAGAUCAAAAAGGAGGCAAAGUCUGCCAAGCCUGAUCUUCCUGCGCAUCCACCCCCUCCAAGUCUGCUUCCUGCUGCAUCAGCUUCGUUGCCUCCUCCUCCUAUCAAGCGCGAGCCAACCUUGCCUCGUCACAACCCACCUCCGUCCAGCGUUCCCGGUGCCAACAGUAACAGCACUCAGGGAGUCAAACCUUAUCAAGGAUGGACCAUGAGACCUUACGGGAGCACGAGCAGCAAGUCAGCCAAGGGCGACGAUCUGCCUUGA